AUGAACAUCGACAGUGUUCGACGAGAGCUGGAAGCAGCAGUUCGAGCCAUCCAGCAGAAAGAUCACACCGAGCUUUUGCAACAAGCAGAGGCUGUGGCAGCCAGCUCGGCCACAAAGGCUGUCCGAGAAUCGCUGCACGAGGAGAUGGUGGGCAUCGCACGCAAAAUGACCGCGAUAAGCGAUACCUUGGAUGAGCGCCUCCGAAUCAUGGAGGAUAGGCUCAAAUCAAUGGACAAACGCCUCGGCAAAUCCGUGGAAGAAUUCUACCACCAAGUAGAGGAUUUGGAACACCGUUUCGCAAACGAAGAGAGCAAGCUGGACCCGACCGUGGCAGCAUUGAUCCCCAAGCUCGUCCAGAGCUGGGGUGAGGGACGAUUCACUUCGCAGGGUGACAUGGCGAAGUGGAUCGAUGGCAAGUUCGACAACCUGGAAGCUGACCUGUCCGGAGACAUGCGAGGGUUAAAAGUUGAGAUUCAGGAGCUGCUCAAGAAUGCAAACAAAAACAUGAGCCAGCGAAUGGACCAGCUCGUUUCGGAGUGCGUGGAAAACAAGAUAACUCCUGUCGAGAACCAGCUGACAUCCAUGGAGAUGAUGCUCAGGAAUGUACUUGCACGACAAACCGCGCUGGAAGAAAACCCUCCUGCAGCGCGGCAGGCGGAGGAGGAGGUGCACGAAGACCCGCAGGAGACACAACCAGAAGCUGCACCGCCAGGCGACAGUUUGGGCACGUGGCUCAAAAAUCAGAUCCGUGCCAUUACAGACCAGGCCGGGCAGGGCGAGGAGCAGGAGCUGAGUGGCCCCGAGCUCCUGGCCUGGAUGAGGAACCAGGUCACAGACAUGGUGCAAGACCUGGUGCCACCGCCGAACCAGAAGCACAACUCCCUUUGCAGCAGCACCUCUGACGUCCCUUCCCAGGCCGGUGAGGACGUGGUUGCUGCAGCAGAGUCUGCUGAAAAGCUGUCGAACCUUGAGAUCAGCACCUCAAACUUGGCCGCGCGCCUUGCUGCCCUCGAGGACGCGGCUUUGGUUGGUCGUGUGGCGGCCCUCGAGGGCGCAUGUUUGGAAGAGCGGCUUGCGCUGCUCGAAACUUCGCGUCCGAUUUUUUCCGGGGGACUUCCGGCGGCUGCAGCCGGCAACCAGACUGCCGUGAGUCCGGCUAGUAUCAGCCAGGUGCUAUCACUGCGUGAAGAGGUCCAUCGGCUGCGCAAUCGAGUCGGCGUGCUGGAACAGCUGGUCCAAAUCCCCGACAUGCAAGUCGGACCGACGGAGCCAAAGAGCCCGCCGUAUGCGGAGGGUUCCCCAAAGUUGGGAUCACCUCGCAGGUUCGAGGGGGACGAAGACAUAAAGCGCAGCCUCUCCGACUUGUGGUGCGCAGUGUCGGGAGACCAGCGAACUCUGGGAAUCCUCUCCUCGAAAAUGGAAGACGCUGUGAGAGACUUCUCCAGAUUGCAGACGCGAUUUGAGGCAGCGCUGCCGCAACUCUUGCAACUUCUUAGUGAGCUUUUGCGACGCCACGGCGGCGGCACGGGCGAGACUGGAGAGGGAUCGGAGAUGGACGUGCUGGUCGCAAUGCAGAAGCUGUUGUUCGGUGGAGAGUCUGGAAUGCCAUUUGUGUCGCCCCAUGUGCUGAGGGAGACCUUCAGUGCAUUCGAAGCCGUGAUGCGCAGUGAAAUGGAAAGGCUGAGAGAUGAGUUUUUCCGGGCAAUGGCCGACAAGGCCAAACUCGAUGACACCGAAUUUCUCGCAGAGCAGAUGCGGCUUCUACAUGGACAGUUGCAGAUGCUGUGGCAGAAUUUCGAGAAGCUCAUAGCUGGUGAGAAGGAGUCAAACGCCGCAAUUUGGCGUACGCCACUCCAUGCCAGAUGUGUGAGCUGCGACAAGAAAGUGGACAUCAAGGGCAUGGUACUGUUGGAUCGGGAUCCCGCUUUCUUGCCGACACAGUCGCCAAGCCCCGUUCCCCACGAGCGUGCUUCCUCUGCUCGGCGUGCACGGGGACCACGGGAUCUGCCGUCACUCAGCAGGCCAGACUCCCCGCAAGCUUUGCAAUGA